AUGGAAAGUUUGUUUUUACCGUCAACCGGCAAACAGGAUGAUUUGUUGAUGUUUUUGUUGAGACCUUCCGGAUUAAUACAUUUGGAAAUACAAAAACAACGGUCUCUCCAGAGCAGAGCCCAGAGCAGAGCCCAGAGCAGAGCCCAGAGCAGAGCCCAGAGCAGAGCCCAGAGCAGAGCCCAGAGCAGAGCCCAGAGCAGAGCCCAGAGCAGAGCCCAGAGCAGAGCCCAGAGCAGAGUCCAGAGCAGAGCCCGGAGCAGAGCCAAGAGCAGAGCCCAGAGCAGAAGCAGAGCCCAGAGCAGAGCCCAGAGCAGAGCCCAGAGCAGAGCCCAGAGCAGAGCCCAGAGCAGAGCCCAGAGCAGAGCCCAGAGCAGAGCCCAGAGCAGAGCCCAGAGCAGAGCCCAGAGCAGACCCCAGAGCAGAGCCCAGAGCAGAGCCCAGAGCAGAGCCCAGAGCAGAGCCCAGAGCAGAGCCCAGAGCAGAGCCCAGAGCAGAGCCCAGAGCAGAGUCCAGAGCAGAGCCCAGAGCAGAGCCCAGAGCAGAGCCCAGAGCAGAGCCCAGAGCAGAGCCCAGAGCAGAGCCCAGAGCAGAGCCCAGAGCAGAGCCCAGAGCAGAGCCCAGAGCAGAGUCCAGAGCAGAGCCCGGAGCAGAGCCAAGAGCAGAGCCCAGAGCAGAGCCCAGAGCAUAGCCCAUAGCAGAGCCCGGAGCAGAGCCCAGAGCAGAGCCCAGAGCAGAGCCUAGAGCAGAGCCCAGAGUAGAAGGCAGAGCAGAGCCCAGAGCAGAGCCCAGAGCAGAGCCCAGAGCAGAGCCCAGAGCAGAGCCCAGAGCAGAGCCCAGAGCAGAGCCCAGAGCAGAGCCCAGAGCAGAGCCCAGAGCAGAGCCCAGAGCAGACCCCAGAGCAGAGCCCAGAGCAGAGCCCAGGGCAGAGCCCAGAGCAGCGCCAGAGCAGAGCCAUAG